AUGCCUCUGCCGGGCCAGUCUCACGCGCGAUCUCAUGCGCUGCUGCUCUUUCAGAAAUUGCUCAAUCUACGCGAUAGUGCCAGCCCGCUCACGCUGGUUCUUGAUACGCUCGAGCAAAGCGGUCGUCCGGUUUUACAGGAAUUCAUUGCGAGGGCCAAGGUUUCGAGGUCCAAGAUCAUCUACAUUUCCUUUGCGACGCUGCGCAAGCCCGCAGACGCCGACGUAUUUGUCCGAGCCCGGGGCAAGUCCAUUGACAGCCUACGGUCCGAGAUUGUAUCUCACUAUGCGGCCAUCACCAAAGGAGCAGGAGGAGGAGCCGCCGGCGCCGCCGCCGGUGGUGCGCAGCAGAAAGUCCUACUCAUAGUGGACUCGCUCAGCCCUCCAUCCUCCCUCUUUGCCUCCCACCUGCCGCACCUCCUCUCCUCCCUCAUCACGGGUCCUUCCGUCUCCCUCGUCGGCCUGUACCACCUGGACGUGCCAGUGGUGCUGCCGGCCACGUUUGGCGAGUACGAACCCCACCCGCUGACGGUCCUCUCGCACCUCGCCACCGCCGUCCUGCGCGUCGGCAGUCUGUACCAAGCCGCCAAGCGCCGCGAGGCCCGGAACCGCAGCCUGCCCGAGCCCGAGUGGGGACUGCACGAGGGUCGCGAGGGCGUGCUGGUCGGCCUCAAGGAAGGAAACGGCUCCGCUGCCGCAACGGCUGCCGGUCUGGUCGUCGAGAUGGAGAUGCGCAGGCGUAGCGGUCGCUCCGUCGGUGAGAAGUUUGUCCUCAUUCCCAGCGAAAAGCUCGGCCUGGGGGGCGCGUCGCGGCUGGCGCUGCUGAGUGAUCAUCCGUUAUUCAAAGAUCCCGUGACUGAUGACGGAGGGGCUGGAGAGGAUGGAGAGGAGCCCGAAUCAACCUUCAGUCUGGGCUUGACUGAGAAGCAGCGAAGGGACCGUGAGGGCAUCGUCUUGCCGUACUUUGAUGCACAGACUGAUAUUGGUGCUGGCGAGGGCGGUAGAAUUCUCUAUGAGAUGGGUCGCGAAGAUGACUUUGACGAUGAGGAAGAUGAAAUCUAG